AUGUCACUUGUGCACAGAGAGAAAAGAGAGCAGAGGGAAGAGAGCGUUGGCCUCAGUGUGGACCCGGAGCAGCAGAACUGUGGAACUUUUAAGCCCCUUAAGAAUCCCAAUGAAGCAGCACUCAGGCGUGGGCCUUUUGUGCCCCGAUCUGCUCCUUCCCUUCACCCGUCCGUGUCCCAGCUGUACGCGUCCACUUUAGCAUCUUCCACGUUUCUGUCAGUCAUCCUUUCAUCGGCCUUCACCAGCCGCAGCCUCAGAGAUUUGGUGGAAAAGAUGGGAGGAGGGGGCGUGCUCUUUCACAACUGUUGCUCCAAAACGCUGCCCAAGCGUUCGCUUUUGUUGCCAACAAAUGAGUUUCCUGAGGAGGAAGGGUUGCCGACUUUGAAAUGGGAUUGCAUCAUAAUCGGUGGAUUGAACCGUGCGUGUGUCCUCCGUCAGGAUAUCGCCACCAUGCAGCUGUGCGCCAACAAGCUGGAUAAGAAAGACUUUUUCGGGAAGUCCGACCCCUUCCUGGUUUUCUACCGCAGCAACGAGGAUGGAACGUUCACCAUCUGCCACAAGACGGAGGUGAUAAAAAACACCCUCAACCCGGUGUGGCAGCCUUUCACCAUUCCUGUCCGAGCCCUGUGCAACGGCGACUACGACAGGACUGUGAAGGUAGACGUCUAUGAUUGGGAUCGAGAUGGAAGACACGACUUCAUCGGAGAGUUCACCACCAGCUACAGGGAGCUGUCUCGAGGACAGAACCAGUUCAACGUCUACGAGGUUUUAAAUCCCAAGAAGAAAGGCAAAAAGAAGAAAUACAUCAAUUCUGGGACUGUAACUCUGCUGUCCUUCAAAGUGGAUUCGGAGUACACCUUUGUGGAUUUCAUCCGAGGGGGGACGCAGCUGAACUUCACAGUCGCCAUCGACUUCACGGCGUCUAACGGUAACCCGUCCCAGCCCACCUCCCUCCACUAUAUGAGUCCCUACCAAAUGAACGCGUAUGCCAUGGCCCUGAAAGCAGUGGGGGAGAUUAUCCAGGACUACGACAGCGACAAGCUCUUCCCUGCCUACGGCUUUGGAGCUAAGCUGCCCCCUGACGGCAAAAUCUCCCACGCGUUCCCGUUGAGCGGUGACGGGGAUAAUCCAAACUGUGUGGGCAUAGAGGGAGUUCUGGAGGCCUAUUUCCAGAGCCUGAGGACAGUUCAGCUGUACGGGCCCACAAACUUUGCACCGGUCAUCAACAAAGUGGCAAACUGUGCAGCAGAGAUUACAGACGGCUCUCAGUACUUUGUCCUGUUGAUGAUCACAGAUGGAGUGAUAUCUGACAUGGUCCAGACCAAAGAGGCUGUGGUCAAUGCGGCGUCUCUCCCGCUGUCCAUCAUCAUCGUAGGCGUUGGUCCAGCUGAGUUUGAUGCGAUGGAGGAGCUGGAUGGAGACGAGGUGAGAGUAUCCUCCAGAGGACGUCUUGCUGAGAGAGACAUUGUUCAGUUUGUUCCCUUCAGGGACUACAUCGACCGAUCCGGGAACCAGGUCCUCAGCAUGGCGCGGCUGGCUAAGGACGUCCUGGCCGAGAUCCCCGACCAGCUGCUGUCGUUCAUGAAGAGCCGGGGGGUGGAGCCGCGGCCGGCCCUGUCCUCCUCCCCGCUGCCCGAGCUGCUCCGCCACAUCUGA